GGCGCCGCGGCUGGCUCGCGCGGGAAGGGCGCCGCCCUCGCGCGGGCUGGUUGCAGGCCGUGGGGCGCGAAGGCGGCGGCGUCCUGGUGCCACCUGCCCGCCCCUGCCGGGGAGCGGCGCGGCUGGCCGGGUGCCAUGGAGAAGCACUCCAAGCCGGCGAAACUUGCCGCCCCGGCGGGAGGAAAGCGGCGCCAGCACCCGCACGAUAAAGACAGCAUGAAAGAAAAAAGGAAACAAUCAAAUACUGAAGCUUUAGGUAUAGCUCCAGUGGAAGAAGACUCUUUUACAGAUAUAACUAGAACUGAACUAUUGACUUUGAAAGCGAACAGGACAAAGAUAAGAUACGCCAAUACAUACAGACUGGAGCCAUAUAAUAAAUUUCGAGAUUAUGUAGUAAGAAACAAAGCUCAAGAGAUACUAACGAACAAACUUCAAGAAACUAAAUACGAUGCAGUUUCUAGUCCCUCUUUGUGUGCUUCAAUCUCCGAAGAAAUACUAGCGGCUAUUAAGGAAUUGGGCUAUGACCGUUACAAGUACGUCGUAUCAGUACUAAUUGUGGAAAAGGCAGGUCAGGCAAUAAAUGUUGCCAGCAGAUGGGUCUGGGAUGUUCAGAGAGACACUUGGGUUUCAGCUAAGUGUGAAACUGAAACCUUUAUUGCGCUGGCUCUGGUAAUGGCUUGUUAUUAUGAGUAAUACUCUAAAAGCCACCUGUGUUUGAGCAUUACAGUACUUGGUAUAUUUGAAAAUCUUCAAAACAUUAUUACUUUAGCACUGAAUUUUUAGCCUAACACUGUUGGUACAUUGAAGUUGACAUAUUUCUGCUAUUUUUACCUAUUCUCUUUGAAAAAAAAACUUGUGAAAUAUCUAUGUUUGAGUACAUAUGGGCUUCAUCUGUCAUAACUCUCUGUUUUAGAAGUUAAAGCAAGUGUUGUAAAGAUAAACCUUGCAAAAUAUUCAAUAUUACUUUCUAGUGCAUGCCUAGAUUUGCUAGGAAAUGUAUUUACAAUAAACUGAGAGUAUCAGUUUUGUUUGAAAGUUUGUGCUUCAUUAGCUUUGUAGGAGAAAGCAGUGCUUGGUUUGUUUUUAUUCUUGUAAUGAUGAUAGAAUGCCACAGCUUGAGUUUGUAUAGAAACAUAGUAAAAUGGGAAGCCAACUUUACCAGCUAUAUUUACCAUUUUUAAAAUCUGUAUAGAAUAUUAUAUAGAGUAUUUUCUCCUCAACUGUUGUUUCUUAAUAGCUAAUCACACUUAGGGUUUUUGCACACACAUCAGUUUGUCUUGAACAUAAUGGGAGUUUAAUCAUUAGCUUUCUUGGGCCUUAAACUUGCACUAAGCAUCAACUCUGUGUUCGGGUUGGUGGCAGAAAUACUGAUUUGAGUGAAUUUGAUCCAUUCACUAGACUGGCUUCUAAUGGCAAAGGCGGGGAGACGGAAAUGUGCUCAGUAACAAGACAGUUGCAAAUGGGUGCAUACCCAGCAAGGACAGCAGUGAUUAUAUUUUGAAAAGUCACUGUGACGUAUCUGUGCGGUACUUUUGGUUUUAGAACUGGAAACUGAGCAUUGAUACCUCUUUAACAAUGUAAUUGAAGGAGUUGAAAAUAAAUACAUGUAAGAAUACA